UGAUGUAGCUUUAGAAAAAUUGGACCAUUUAUUACACCUUUCCAAUGAGCUGAAAAAUAAACACCCCUGCAGGGAUAGAGAGUGGCUAAUUAUCUGCCAAAGGCUCGUGUGGGGAGUAAUUUACAAUUCCCUCUUAAAGAUCAUCUCUGCCUCAGUUGACUGUUGGCAACCUGCAGUAUUAUUUGUUUCACGCCUCAGAAGAAGACUUAUCAGAGUCAGCUUAAGAAACGAAAGGUAUUGCUAACCAGGAGUCAUAGGUCCGAUGUGCUUCACAUGGCUGGUCGACAGGCUUUAUUUUGUACCCCGCUAUUUUUGAUUUCUCAAAUGUUCCUUGACACUGCCAGUCAGCGGUGUGGCCUAUACUCGACUAAAAAAAUGAGGCUUACGGACCGUACCUGUAAGACGUUCAAGUUUACGCCAGGUACGCUGGAAUGCAGAGAGGCUUGUCGCGUUGAUGUCAGAUGUCAAAGCUAUAAUGUUGUCAUGUUUAUUGCAAUAUGUGAGUUAAACAACCGGACUAAAGAGGCCAGACCAGAGGACUUUCUCAAGGACAAAGACAGAUAUUACAUAGCGAUAGGUCCAAAACGAGUUCCUCUCGGAUCAAUUCGUGAGCUACCUGCUGAGUCGUGUGAGGAAAUCAAGGCGAGUGAAGGAGAACAAGCAGUCAGCGGUAAUUAUUGGCUGGAUUCUACCAGAUCUGGGAACUCCAGUUUAGCUCGUUGUCACAUGAACACAGGAGUUGCAGACUAUUGCGUCAAGCACCAGUGCCAAAAUGAUGCAAAGUGUGUGAAUCGAGAAACAAACUACUCGUGUGCGUGUUACUCAUCAGGUUGGACAGGAAAAUAUUGUGAAAAAGGGUUUGCCUUUGUCAAAAUAUUUUCUCUUUACAGCUGAACAAAUAACAUGGAGGAAAGAUAUCGAAUUUGUAACCUUCGAAGGUUACUAGUGUAGCGGAGAAGAAAAUUCGAACGCACAAGAGAAAUCACGGUUUAAUUAAAUGCGAUCUCAACGAAUGCUUGGAAGACCUGCAUAUUUGUCUGGACAACGCCAUUUGUAACAACACUAAGGGCUCCUACAACUGUACAUGCAAACCAGGAUUUAUUGGAGACGGAAAAAAUAGCU